AUGGAGGAGAUAGAAGGAACCAACAGAGCAGCUGUAGAGAGUUGUCAUAGAGUUCUCAACCUCUUAAGCAGACCACAGCAACAGCAGCAAGAUCAUGGGUAUGACAAGAGUUUAGUGUCUGAAACUAGAGAAGCUCUGUUUAGGUUUAAGAGAGUGGCGAGUAUGCUAAGCAAAACUGUGGGUCAUGCUAGGUUUAGAAGAGCUAAGAAACCUCAGACCCAUUUGUCACAUUCCAUCUUCCUUGAUCCUAGUCAUCACCAAAGAACAGAACUCCCAUCACCACCAUCCUCCUUGUCUCUGAAAACACCUUUGCUCCGGUCUGGUUUCCAUGAGUUGUGCUUGAGACCCUCUGAUUCCCUCACUUUAGGGACCCGGUCUUUCACUCUAAACCCAAAUGCAAAUGCAAAAGCCCCUCUCCUUCAGCUUAACCACCAGCCAAAUGCAAUGCCCUUUCGAGAACAACAACAGCAACAGCAACAACAGCAGUUACAUGAGCGGUUUCAAGCUCAUCAUCACCAUCAGCAGCAGCUGAUACUACAGCAACAGAAACAUCAAGCUGAGAUUUUGCUGAGGAAGUGCAAUGGUGGGAUAAGUUUGAGUUUCGAUAACUCGAGCUGUACACCAACCAUGUCAUCCACUAGGUCCUUUGUCUCGUCGCUUAGCAUAGAUGGAAGUGUGGCUAACAUGGAAGGCAAAAACUCCUUCCAUUUGCUCGGGGUUCCGAGCUCAACGGAUCAGAGCUCACAGCAUUCUAAGAGGAAAUGCCUUUUGAAAGGAGACGAACAUGGAAGUGUGAAAUGCGGGAGCUCUAGCAGAUGCCACUGCGCUAAGAAAAGGAAACAUCGUGUUAGGAGAUCGAUUAGAGUGCCUGCGAUAAGUAACAAGGUUGCAGAUAUUCCUCCUGAUGAUUAUUCAUGGAGGAAAUAUGGUCAGAAACCCAUCAAGGGCUCUCCUUAUCCCAGGGGAUAUUACAAAUGCAGUAGCAUGAGAGGUUGUCCAGCGAGGAAGCACGUUGAGAGGUGUUUGGAAGAUCCGGCGAUGCUAAUUGUGACAUAUGAAGCAGAGCAUAACCACCCGAAACUGCCAUCUCAAACCGUAACAACUUAA